UUUACAGGAAACCGUCAAAAAAUCCCCAGACACUAACCAGCAGCUGUUUUAAACCUUGAACCAGGAGAGUUGUUUUUGAUUUUAUGACGAAUGCAUGUCCGAGUAAUAAGAGGAUCAUGUCAUUAAGCACUGGCAGUCUGGGGCAUCGAUUUUGUGGUUGACUGCUCGUGUGAUUGGAAGAUGUGGAGGUUGUUAGGAAGUGGAAACCAGCUGGAGAGCAGCUCGUCUUAAAGCCACAUGCCAGGUUGAAAGUGUCUCGAUGUGAUGGAUGAAGCUCUGGAGACGCUUGGUGAGCAGCUGUACACCAGGAUCUACUCCAAACACACAGAGGCUGCUGGGAAACUCACAGGUAUGUUGCUGGAGCUGCCAGGUCCUGUGCUGAGGCAGAUGCUGCAGGACGAGGCCAUGCUGACCGCUGCUGUGGAGAAAGCCCUCAGAGCCCUGCAGCUGGAGCUGGAGCCAAGCAGGGUAUCGUGUAAGGAGGAGGACGAAGUGUCAGCGUCCUCUGACUCUCUCGGGGAGCAGCUAUUUGAGUUGGUGGACGUCUACAACACUGGUCACUCUCAGAAAAUCACAGGGAUGCUUCUGGAGCAGCACAAAGAAGCAGUUUCAAACCUUCUGUCAGAUCCCAAACUGCUGGAGGAGCAGGUGCACGUCGCUCUGGAGACACUAAAGGAGCAGAACGAGGAGACAGACUUCAGUGACGUGUCGGACGCUGACGACACAGAGAAACUGGGAGAGAGGCUCUUCUCACUGGUGGAGGAGAUGGAUUCUCUUCAUGCAAAUGAUAUUACAGGGAUGCUACUGGAGAUGGAGCCAGCUGUGCUCCGACAGCUGCUCAGCGACCACACGAUGCUGGAGGCUGCAGUUGGGAAAGCACAAUCGGCUCUAGACACUGGACGAUGACAUUUAACACGCAGAAGAACACAUCAAUCAAUGAGUGACCUGGAUGAACUCUUAUCACGUAGCCAGGCUGUGAUCAGGAAGUUGAAUCCUGGAGGGUUUAGGUUUGACUGGACCAACUGUAAAUAACCGUUAAACCUCUCUUCAGAUUAAUCAAUGUCAAUUUUGCCACUUUCUUAUACGGGUGCUCUCUUUGCCAACACAUGCUUUUAUUUCUCAGAUAAAAAAGUGCUCAACAAGUGCCACACAAGUGUCAAAUGAAAACUAUUUAUCAGAGGAAAACUUUUGCUGUAUGAAAGGACCUACUUGUGUGGUUUUAAGAUAAAGUGCUUAUCUUAGUGUUGCUAACACUUGUGUUAGAGAUGACAGUGGAUUUGUUUGGAUUUUUCAACUUGGUGAAAUGUCUGUUGCCAACAGAAAUACAGAAGGUAGUUCUGCAUUUUAUCAGUGAGGCUGUGUAAAUGUGUUUUUUUUGUUCAGACUGAACUAUGGAACCAUUGGAAGGAUUGAUAUGUAAUACUGUGUAGACGUUCAUGUUCCCCAGAGGAUAAAUGCUACUGACUUACAUUUUUGUUAAUCAACACAAUGUUGAUGAAUCUUACUAACUUGGUGAUCACUUAACUCUUUAAUCAAGUGCUAUCAUCAAGUUAAAAUGUCCAAUUCUCUUGUUUUAUGAUGAAAUAACAGAAACUAAUUACGUGCCCCUCCCCCUCAGCUGUCCUAACGUUAAUUAGCUGAUGUUAGCAUGCUGAAACACAAAAAUGGUGAAAUGCAAUAACAUUGGAACUUUAAUAAAAAUUCUAUUUUAUCAAAUUGAGUAAAAAAUAUUUUUUUCUCA